AUGUUUACGGAUAAGCAAGACAAAGUUGACAAGGACGCGGAAAAAAGUGUAUGCAGUUUCGCGAAUAAUCGCGAUCCCGAGGUCCUUUUGCAAACUUUAAGGGUGACUUUGUAUAACGGCAAUGAGAAAAUGAAUGUGCGACUUAUUAUUGAUAGUGGCUCGCAGAAAUCGUACAUUACUAGAGAAGCCGCGAGUCGAAUUGGAUAUGUGCCGAUCGCCGAACAGUUGUUAUGUCACUCGCUUUUCGGAGGAGAAAGUUCAGGAACAGUUAAGCACAAAAAAUAUGUGGUGAAGAUUGGCAGUUUAUCCAGCGAUUUCAAGUGCAAUUUUACAGCGCUUGAUCAACGAGUGAUUUGCAAAGACGUUCCUUCUAUUAAACGUGGCGAAUGGUGCAGGGAGAUGAAAGAUUUGGACAUAAGUCUCUCGGAUCUAGACGCAAAGGAGGACGCCGUAGCAAUCCUCAUAGGGGCUGAUAUCGCAGGAAAAUUACUCACAGGUAAACGGCAUAUUUUGCGGUGCGGGUUAGUAGCCAUUGAGACCUACCUGGGCUGGACAGUGAUUGGGGCCAUAAAAGACCCCGACGCUCGUCAUGAUCCAGUUCCUUUCACAAGGACUAUGUUCGCAAGCUGCCAGGUAGUCGAAAGUUUAUUCCUUGCGCGUGUUCACAUAAACAAGGAAGGACGCUAUGAAGUGCCGUUACCCUGGCUAGAAAACCACCCGCCACUUAGUGAAAAUAAAAUGAUGGUAAUUAAGAGACUCGAGUCUACGAUGAAGCAGCUGCGUACUAGUGGACUGCAUAAAGCGUAUGAUGCUGUGUUUGACGAGUGGCUGGCUGAAUGCAUCAUUGAACGCGUGCCCGAGGCAGAGGUUGGCAAUAAGGGCCAUUAUUUACCCCAUCGUCCUAUCAUUAAAGAAAACAGUACCACAGUUAUACGGCCGAUCUUCGAUGCAUCGGCAGCACCCAAACCUACGAAGGAAAAGAAGUCACUGUCGCUCAACGAUUGUCUGGAAAAAGGACCAAACCUCAUCGAGCUCAUCUCAUCGAUACUGUUACGUUUUAGAGAAGGUAUGAUAGGCGUAGUGUCCGACAUUAAGAAAGCGUUUUUACAGAUAAGUUUGAAUGCGAGCGAUAGAGAUUUUCUACGUUUUUUAUGGCAAGAUAAGCAAGGCAAUCAGGUUAUUUUUAGACAUUGUAGAGUCGUAUUUGGUGUGACGAGUAGUCCUUUUAUCCUAAGUGCCGUGCUUUUUAUGCAUUUAGAAAAAAAUUUGACGUCAUUAGACGCAAAUAAGGAUUUGAAUUUUUCCGAACAAAAUAUUGUAUAA